AUGGGUCUCUCAAAAGUAUCGAUCCUCCUCUUCCUCCUCUCUGUACUAUUCAUCCUCUCUCCCCGCCCAUUAAACUCCCAAACCCCUCCAAAACCCCAGGCCUUCACCUUCCCCAUCCGCAAAGACCCCACCACCAACCAAUACUACACCACCAUCACCAUCGGCUCCAACUCCACCACGUUCAACGCCGUCCUCGACCUCGGAGGCAAGUUCCUCUGGUUCAACUCCCUCGACUACUUCAACUCCGCCUCCUCCUACCGCCCCAUCCUUUGCGGAACCCGACUUUGCGCCUUAGCCAACGGCGUCGGCUGCGUCUUCUGCUUCCUCUCCCCUCCCGUCCCCGGCUGCACCAACAACACCUGCUCCGACUAUGCCCUCAACCCCUUCUCCGGCACCCAGGGCUACAACGGCCUCGGCACAGACACUCUCCACGUGCAGUCAUCCACCCACACCUACCCGCUACCCGAUUUUCCUUUCCAGUUCUCCGACCCGACCCUCAGGGACGGCCUCGCAGGCCCCACCGCGGGGCUCGUCGGGAUGGGCCGCACGCGGAUCUCCCUCCACGCGCGGCUCGCCGCCGCGUUCGGGAUUAGACGGGAGUUCGCGAUCUGCCUCCCGUCGUCGUCGUCGGGAGCUGCGGGCCGGAUGGUCGUGGGCCGGGCGAGAUUCCGCGGCCCGUUUCGAAACGUCUCUCUUUUCACCACGCCGCUGGUGAGGAAUCCAGUGCCCACGGACAUGAACGAGGAGAUCGGCAACUUCACGGCGGAGUAUUUCGUCGGGCUGGAGUCGAUCAGGGUCGGGGGCAGGACGGUGCGGCUGAACCGGACGCUGCUGGAGAUCGACAGGCGCACGGGGGCCGGAGGGACGGGUUUACGGACGGUGAGGCCGUACACGGUUCUGGAGAGGUCGAUAUACGGGGCAGUGGUGGAGGAGUUUGUGAGGGGUGUCGAGUCGAUGGGUGCGCGGAGGGUGAGGGCAGUGGCUCCUUUCGGGGCGUGUUUCGACUCGGGGACGAUCAGGGAAUAUUCACGGGUGCCGACGAUCGACCUGGUGAUGAGGGGAGGGGGAGUUUACUGGAGGUUUUACGGGUGGAACUCGAUGGUGAGGGUUGGGGGGAGUAAUGUGGUUUGCCUCGCGUUCGUGGAGGGAAGGACGAACCCGACGGGGCCCACGACGUCGGUGGUGGUGGGGGGAUACCAGAUGGAGAACUAUUUGCUCAGGUUUGAUGUGGAGAACUCGAGGUUUGGGUUUAGCUCCGCGCUCGCGCUGCACGGGACGAGCUGCUCCGACUUCGGGGCUGCCUAG